CCUUCAACUUUUAAAAUUUUAUAAUUAUAACAAAAAAAUUGAUAAGAAAAUACAGUUUUUAUAAACAUAAAAUCACACUUUUUAUUUACCAAACAAUCUUAUAAUGAAACUUUAAUUUAAACAAAGUUAUAAUUAUAAAAAAAUCUUAUAAAAAUUAAAACUAAAUAGAGUUGAUUUUUAACUUUCAUAAAUAAAAAGUACUUGUUGUAAAAUAAAAAUAAAAUUUUUAAGAAUAUUUUUUUUUUAGAAACAAAAACAGAGGAAUACAUCGGAGAGAAACACAUCUGUAUUUUAGAGUUAAUCUAUUUUUUUUCUAAAAAGGAAACACAUCGGAGAAUGUCUAAGCAUAUACCAAGGUAACUUGUAUAAGUAAACCUAGCUCUACCAUUUUAUAUCGUCAGUAUAUUCAGUUUCAGCGCUAAUCUAAGACCCAAUAAAUCAUUGGCCAUUUCAAAUUAUUUUAACCAUCCAAGUAUAAAAAUACUUCGAGCUCAAAUAUCGGCCCAGGCCCAUAUACCCGUAAACUAACUCAGUCGGGUCGGGUCGGUCUCUAACACGGCCUUUUAUCUUCUCCGUCGACGAGUUUCGUCUCUCCUCGGCGACGCUUAAGCCCUGAAACUCAACUCCCACUUCACUAUCAUCCUCCUCAUCCUCCUCCUCUCCAUUUCCCUUUCUGUAUGCGUAGAGAAUGACGAAGGUCUACGGAGUCGCCGACUUCAAGCGCCACAGAGUCGCCGAGUACCCCCUCGAGUCCACCACUCUCCCGAGCACCUCAAUCACUCUAUCCGAGAUCCAGCACGACAGAUUAACGAAGAUCGCCGAGGAGAGCUGGACCCGAACCGGAGGAGGCAAACCGUUCGAUCCGGAAGUCGUCUAGGAGAUUUACGCGGCGGAGCUGAAGGUCGCCGGCGGCGGCGGCGGCGGCGGAAGGAAGCCUGUUCCGCUGCAGCGGGUGAUGGUUCUCGAGGUGAGCCAGUACUUGGAGAACUACCUGUGGCCUAAUUUCGAUCCCGAGGCGGCCUCUUUCGAGCAUGUUAUGUCGAUGAUUCUUAUGAUUAACGAGAAGUUCAGGGAGAAUGUGGCGGCUUGGAUUUGCUUUCAUGAUCGUGAAGAUCUUUUUAAGAAGUUUCUUCAGAAGGUUCUUCGACUUAAAGAGGGAAGAGAGUUGACUAUUGCUGAGAAGACAAAUUAUUUGGUCUUCAUGAUCAAUGCAUUUCAGAGUUUGGAAGAUGGGGUGGUUAAUGAGACUGUUCUAAGUCUAGCAGGAUUACAGUCUUGGCACAGUUUGUCUUAUGGACGUUUCCAGAUGGAGCUCUGCCUUCAGCCUGAUUUAAUAAAAAAGUGGAAGAGGUCAUCGAAGAAGUGGGCAGCUGAGGCUAUGUCAAAGGGGGAGCAGUUUGAUCCAUCUUCAUCACCUGAAGCAAAUUUUGUUCGAGGCCUAAUAGAAGAAUUCGUCGAGGUGCUUGAUCACGGUGUUUUUGCGGAGGAGGUUGAUGAUACUGCUGUUUCUCAAUUGGUCGAUGAUUCUUCUGUCUUAUACUGCGAGAGAUUCAUGGAAUUUCUCAUUGAUAUGCUGAACCAACUUCCAACAAGAAGAUACUUGAGACCUCUUGUGGCGGAUAUAGCAGUUGUUGCCAAGUGUCGACUGAGUGUCCUAUACAAACAUGAAAACGGGAAGCUUUUCGCCCAAUUAGUUGACUUGUUACAGUUCUACGAGAAGUUUGAGAUUAAGGAUCAUGAUGGAACACAAUUAACUGAUGAUGAAGCACUUCAGUUUCAUUGUUUUAUGGCGUUUCAGCUACUUGCCUUUAAGAAAAUACCUAAGUUGCAAGAUGUGUCUUUGGCUAACAUUGGUUCGGUUCACAAGAGUUCUGAUCUUAGGAGGAGAUUGUCUGCGCUUUCUCUUGAAGAUUUAAGGGAUGUUGUCUGCUCAAAGCUUACGAAAACCGUGGACUUCAAAGAUACUUUCCUUGAUGCAAAUCAUCUCAGUGAAAGUUUUCCAGAUUAUGAGGUAUCUUUCGUAAAUGCUGAUGGUGCUGAAGUUCUGGAUCCAAGGCCUCCGUUUCGAAUCACUCUUCCAAAAACACUAAAAGGGAAUGCUAAUGCUCUUUCUGGAAAUAAGAUAUCUGAAGUAGAUCCAGCAGAAAAUGUUGAUAUGGUGGAUGUGUCCCCGAAGGAGAAACUUAUUGUCGAGGCAUAUACCCCACCAGACCCAGGGCCUUAUCCUCAGGACCAGCCGAAGCAGAACUCAGUUAAAUUCACACCUACGCAGGUUGGAGCGAUCAUUUCUGGUAUUCAGCCUGGGCUCACUAUGGUGGUUCGUCCACCGGGUACCGGAAAGACUGAUACAGCUGUGCAAAUCUUAAAUGUGCUAUAUCAUAACUGUCCUUCACAAAGGACCUUAAUUAUCACUCAUUCAAAUCAGGCUUUGAAUGAUCUUUUUGAGAAGAUAAUGGAGAGGGAUGUGCCAGCGCGGUAUCUACUCCGUCUAGGUCAAGGUGAACAAGAGCUUGCCACCGAUCUUGACUUUAGCAGACAAGGCCGUGUCAAUGCCAUGCUUGUUCGACGUUUAGAACUGCUCAGCGAGGUUGAAAGAUUAGCAAGAUCACUUCAACUUCCAGAGGAUGUAGGUUAUACGUGUGAAACAGCUGGGUAUUUCUGGUUGCUUCAUGUCUACUCGCGCUGGGAGCUAUUUCUUGCUGCUUGUGCUGGAAAUGAAAACAACCCAUCGUUUGUUCAAGAUCGCUUCCCUUUCAAAGAAUUCUUCUCAGACGCGCCUAAACCUGUUUUUAGCGGGGAGUCAUUUGAGAAAGACAUGAGGGCAGCUAAAGGUUGUUUCACUCAUCUCAAGACUGUUUUCCAAGAGCUAGAAGAGUGUAGGGCCUUCGAACUACUCAAAUCAACUGCUGAUAGAGCAAAUUACCUGAUGACCAAACAAGCAAAGAUUGUAGCAAUGACGUGUACUCAUGCGGCAUUAAAGAGGAGAGACUUUCUUAAGUUGGGAUUCAAGUAUGAUAACUUACUGAUGGAAGAAAGUGCUCAGAUUUUGGAAAUCGAGACUUUCAUACCAAUGUUGCUUCAGAGACAAGAAGAUGGCGUUUCACGACUCAAGCGCUGUAUAUUGAUUGGUGAUCACCACCAGCUGCCUCCCGUGGUGAAGAACAUGGCUUUCCAGAAAUACAGUCACAUGGAUCAGAGUCUGUUUACGAGGUUUGUUCGUCUUGGUAUUCCAUAUAUCGAGCUUAAUGCUCAAGGAAGAGCGAGGCCAAGCUUAGCCAAACUCUACAACUGGAGAUACAGAGACUUGGGAGACCUUUCCAUUGUUAAGGAAGCACCCAUCUUCCAUAGAGCAAAUGCUGGUUUCUCAUAUGACUAUCAGUUGAUUAAUGUGCCUGACUACGAAGGGAGAGGAGAGUCAACACCAUCUCCAUGGUUUUAUCAAAAUCAGGGAGAAGCUGAAUAUAUCGUCAGUGUCUAUAUAUACAUGAGAUUGCUAGGAUAUCCUGCUAAUAAGAUAUCUAUAUUGACGACGUAUAAUGGGCAGAAGCUCUUAGUCCGUGAUGUUAUCAACCGUCGCUGUGUUCCUUAUUCUUUCAUCGGCCCGCCUAGCAAGGUGACUACAGUGGACAAGUUCCAAGGACAACAGAACGACUUUAUUUUGCUGUCUCUUGUACGGACACGCUUUGUUGGACAUCUACGUGAUGUAAGAAGGUUGGUAGUUGCAAUGUCACGUGCUCGUCUCGGUCUGUACGUGUUCUGCCGCCGCUCUCUCUUUGAACAAUGCUAUGAGCUGCAACCAACGUUUCAGCUUCUUCUGAGAAGACCCGAUCGGCUCGGACUCAACCUGAGUGAGAACACAUCACCGUAAACAGAUCGUGCGGUGGAGGAAGUUGGAAAUCCUUAUCUUGUUCAUGAUGUUGAAGAGAUGGCACACAUAGUUCACGAUAGGAUGAACGAGUUCUACAAGGCACAAGGGGUGUACGAGCAAUACCAGAAUCACAGCCCACAAAUUGAAGACGGUAAUCACAUGGAGAGUGAUGCAGUUCUUGGUGAAGAUGGUGAACCUGAGAUGAAGAUGCAGCCACAAAUAGAAGACGGUGAUCACGACAUGGAGAGUGAUACAGUUGUUAGUGAAGAUGGUGAAUCUGAGAAGAAGAUGCAGCCAGUGGUAGAUGGUGUAGUUGAAGAAUCAUCAAAGGAGACGGUUGGCAUGGAGGUGGACUAUGGAUUUAGCAGUGAGAAUGCGAAAGCUUGAUGAGAAUUAGAGCAGAUCAAACCUUGAGUUUUCAUUUCUUCGUUUCCUUUCACGUAACUGGUAAAAUCACUAAACACCUCGAAUGAUUUUAAAUUGUACAACAAUUCCAUCGAUGCAUAUACUGAUUUCUAUUUCUCUAUAUAUAGAGGAUCAAUCUAUGAUAAUGUUUUGUUGGUGAUGAGAUAGAGCAUUAUAAAUUUAAUGGAUAUGGAGUCACUGAGCGCGGUA